AUGUUGCUGCUAAUAAAACUUACGGAUGACGCAAAAAUAAAAGACAUUUUUCUCGUUUGCAAUCCAUGCAUGCGCUCAUAUCGAUCUCAUAAAGAGUUCCGUUCGUUAUCGCUGGCAACGGACGUGGUGCUGGCUCCGUGCAUGUUUUCAGAAGUGCAGCAUUUAUUUAUCUCUGGACAUCAUGAGAAAAAUCGACCACAUCACUUUGUAUUCUGUUUGAUGUGUUAUACGCAAGAGGCUGGAGUCUACUAUGCAACAAUAGCAAUCAUUAUCGUCACCUCAUUAUUUUAUUGCAGAAAGUACAUCAGAGGACUACAGUUUGAAGAGGAUGUACGGGCUGAUGGGAAAAUCGUGGCCGUAACUGGAGCCAAUUCCGGGAUUGGCCAAGCGGUAACGGCAGAAUUGAAUCGCCGCGGUGCGACGGUCUACAUGCUGGUUCGCGACAUGCAACGAGGCACUGACUCCAUAAGACGACUUGAGAAGGAAGGAUGUGAUCCACAGCGUCUCAUCUUGCGAUUGGUGGACCUUGCCGAUUUCGGUUCGCUGCGAAAAUUCACGCAGAGUUUCUGCGAAGAAGUGCCCUAUCUGGAUGUGCUCAUUUGCAAUGCAGGAGUUCUAUGCGUCCCAACUUUUACCAAAACCAUUGACGGUUUUGAGAAGACGUGGCAGUGCAAUUACUUAGGUCAUUUUCUACUUUCUGAACACCUGCUACCUUUGAUUUCGAAGUCAGCGGAUGGUCGAAUUAUCAAUAUAUCUUCGGUCCUAUAUGAAUACGCUGAUACCGUGAGUUUAGAUGUCGUGAAUGAUCCAAAGCGAUAUAGUGGUAUGAUGGCGUACACUAGAAGCAAAAUGGCUCAGGUCAUGUACACAAGACAUCUUGCCAGAAUUAUUGAGAAACGGAAGCUGCCUCUGUCCGUAAUGGUUUGUCAUCCAGGAAAUGUAGACUCGAAUAUUCUCAAGGAAUCGGGGUAUCAGUGGGUUCGAGUAGUGUUCAGACCGAUUAUGUGGUAUGUGCUCAAAACGGUGGAUGACGGUGCACAAAUGCCGCUCUAUCUAGCACUCAGCAAACAACUGCAAAAUCCUAAUGGGCAAUACUACAGAAACUUUGCCAUACACGAAGUGAUUGCUAAAUGCAAAGAUGCAGACGCUUGCAAAUUGCUUUACGAAGAAUCGAGGAAGGCGGCUGGUCUUGAUCGAAAUCCACCGGUGUAG